AUGGAGUCUUUGGGUGCUUCAUUUUCAAGGCGAGCGCAGCAAGUAGGCGAGGUUGAACAGGGCAACAAAACUAUAGAUACGUCCACAGAAAGAGAGUCUCAAGACCGGACGAAUGCAAGAAGCUAUCUGGAUGUCAGCCCAGUUGAAGGUAGAAUCAGCGUUGGCUCAGAAAUGGCUGCUCAAACUAUCCUGGAUGGAGAGGUCAUGGCAGAGACCGAUGUUCAUCAUUCGGUGGCACAAUUUCAUCCAGUUCCAGGACACAGCACUAAGAAAGAUCUCGUCUCCUCUGGCCAGAAAGAUAUUGAAGAAACUUGUUAUAGCCCUGAUAUGCUCGACUUCUUCGAGACACAACUUCUCCCAAGUAUUGCUUUCGGCUUAGAUUUUACAGUACCUGCUACAUCAUUCACUUUAUUUCCAUAUUUACCAGUCGAACUUCAACGAAAGAUUUGGUUCUUUGCUCUUCCACCACCAGAAUUCGUUCGAGCUCAUUUCAAGAUCAAGAAAUGUGAUGAUGGCCCCAGGGUUGAGUUCUCCAUUGCAUGUGUUAAGUCACCAAUUAAUAAUCCUGCAUCAUCUUCACCGUUCGGGCUACAAUCGGUAUGCUACAUGGCAAGAGAAAUAUUUUUGGAGCAUUAUCGUCGACUUAAACCAAUCGUUGAUGACGAUAGAAAGAUUCUGGAUUUUUCUGACUGGGACUAUAGUUUUCAGGAGGUGACAGUGACAAGAGGACCCGGACCAUGGUUUGACAUGGCGUUUGACACUUUAUACCUCGUACACAUGUACGGUCUUUGGCACAACCUGAAAAAAUAUAAAGUCGCAUUAAACUUCACGACGUUGAGAACUCUUGCGGUGGAUGAGGAGGACUUGAAAUGGAUAGGCGAGAUCGAAAAAAAGCCGGGGAUAUCCUUCGAGAGUAUGGAGAGCUUAAUGCCUAGUCUGGAACGACUCCUCAUUAUACUCAAUACCAAUUAUUUCAACGGCUAUCAACUGCAUAGAGCUCCUGGUGAUGCACCCGCCGAUACCCAACUCCGAGACUACAAUCAGAUAUUUGAAGAGCUAAAACAUUGUCAAUGGAUGGAGUCAUGCGGAAAUGCAAACAGGCUUAGUAAGUGGGAGGAUUGGUACAGUUCUGAGGUAUGUGAGAAAUUUUCUCAGAAUGCUGCAAGGAAUUCGGACUAUUGGAAGAGAAUAGAUGUCAAACUAGUAUGGAUAGUUUAUAUUGUUCCAUACUACAUCGAAUCAUACUCUGGUGACCAUAUUAUGGGUCCUUUCAUGGUCGUAGAGCUUCCCCAAUUCAUACUGCAUUUGAGAUGCGACGCAGAUGGAACAUUGCCCGAUCAAUAUGACGGGAUCAGUGAACUUUUCGACGAAGGAGAACAAGGCAUCCACAAGGAAGAAGUCCUCAUUAAUAUGAGCAACGAUCAACCGGAAUCAGUGUCUUCUGGCUCUGGAGGAGUGUUUUACUGUGGAAAGGAAGGUUAG